AUGUAUUUAUCUAUGUAUAUUUUUGUAUUUAGUUUAUUGGCGGAGGACUUCUUGGGUUUGUAGGAUGGACUCUGAGUACAUUGCCAAAUACAUCAGGAUUUAUGUCCGGUAGUUUUUUAGUACUAUAUGCCGGUAUAGCCAUUGGAAUCCUUAUAUCUCUUGGUGGACUUAUAGGAUGUCUUGGAGGAAUGUUUGGAAGCAUGCUGUUAUUGAAAGUGUACCUUGGACUUUCAAUGACCUUUGGAAUCAUAGAGAUUAUUCUGAUUAUCGUAGUUUACAUGCAAAAAGAUGAGAUACCUUCCAUAUUAGAAGCCACAUGGAAUGAAGUGAACGAUGAAGCAAGAUACACAAUACAGACUGGUUUGAAAUGUUGUGGAAUAAAAAGUUACAGUGAAUAUGGCACUGACUAUACAAGCUUUCCAGACAGCUGCUUCAAAGUAUCAGAGAUAUUUGGAACAGUUUCUGCAAAACAAGAAUCAACACUCUAUACCAUAUCGUGUUUAUCUGCAAUCCAAACAUGGCUGACAGACAAUAUGGCAAUAUGGAUCGCUGUCCUCGUUGGCAUCGCUCUAGUACAGAUAGUAAGUGGAAUGCUCUCGUGUCAAGUCUUCACUCGUCUCCACGAAAAAGUAAGAAUAAGGCCAAUGACGGUGGAGAGUCAGGACGAUCAAAAUCUAGACGAUACAAAAUCCAACAAAGUAGAACUGAAUGAUUUGGACUCUACAGAAAACGAAAGAAAUAUAGAUGGCGCUAGUUGUAAAUCUACAUCUACAAUUGAACAAGAGGAAGACCACAAAAGAACAAACGCUGGCAUUGUUGCUAUAGUAAAUUUAGAAACUAAGGACAACAUGGAAGAUUAUAUGUCCGAUAAGGAUAUAAAUGAUAAGGAGUUUGAGUACAAAUCUGAACCACAGUUAAAUGCUGAUGACCUUGAAAAAAGUUUACACGUUAACGAAAAAAGUGCUGAUAGUGAUGAUGAAAAUAUUCAAGAACUGUAUAAAGACAGUACUAAAGAACAUUGUCCUUCUCCUGUUGUUAGUAAGGAUGAAACUUAUCGAUCUGGAUCUGUCAUCACAAAUGACUCAAAUGACGAAUCGAGUCUAGCUAAAACGAUUGACAAUAAUGAAAAUUCUUCUGAACGAUCAGAGUCUGUUUCAUCUAAAAAACAUAUGUCAGAUAGCCGACGACAUCUCAAUGUUUCUGAUGAAAAUAAUUUUGAACCAGAAGUAUAGUCUUUAAAAAACGUAAUUACUUAAAGAUAAAAUACACCAAAUAAGAUUUGUCAUUGAGUGAUUGACAUUUGUAUAAUAUAAACUAUGUAAUUGACAAAAAGAACGCUACACUUGAAUCAAACAGCUUUCAUUUGUAUAAUCUGGACAAAAAAAAAAUUAAAGUUUAACGUUACAGUUCUUUCGUUUAUUAAACAUGAUUAAAUAUUAGAAAACAUGAAAAAAAUUUUCAACAAUUAUAUAAUCAAUAGUUUGAUAAUUCUUCAUGAAUGUACAACCAUCAGAGCACCAUUUAUUGGUUACAUGUAUCAUCAAUAAUAUCAACUUAUAAAUACUAUACUAGAAUAUAAAUAUAUAAUAUGCCAGGUUAUAUGGCUUGAACAUUGUAGUACAGGAUUUUGAAAAAAAACUAGAAUCAAAAAGAUCACAAGACUGCUAAAAUUGAAAUCGUUCUUUACAAAUUGCUAAAUUUUUAUAUGUCUCCGUAAAUAUGAAAUAAAUUUGAUUUGAUCAUGAA